ACAAAAAGACAGUCGCCAUUCUUAGACAUGAAGACACGCCAGAAGCUGUACCUCGUGUUCCGUCCGAGUCCGAGUCCGAGUCCGACCAACCUCGACCUCGCCGAGACUUGCAUCCGUCGCCGACUCUGAAGUCUCCGACCAUUCUCGUCGCCUGAUCGGUCCGCAACUCCGGAUGAAUCUCCACCCGCCAAGGAUCGCCGAGCCGACGGCGGAGCCGCGGGAGAGCCGCGUCGAGGACGCGCUGUCGCACUCGAUACUCCUGUCGGAGCGGGUCCGCUCGGCGGUCCAGGAGUCCAAGUCGUUCAAGCUCGAGUGCGCCGAGAUUGGGAAGCAAGUGGAGAGGCUCUCGCAGAUGCUCCGGCUCCUGGCCCGGCUCACGACCUCGAAGGCGACGCCGCUUUACGAGCAUCCCCUCCGGCGCGUCGCAGCAGAAGUCGCCAGGAGCCUCGAGCGAGCCCUGAGCCUCGCGCGUAAGUGUAAGCGCCAAAACCUAAUUCGCCGCUUGAUUACGAUCACUAAAGUCACGGAUUUUAGGAAAGUUUUGAGCCUGCUGGAGGCCUCUGUUGGGGAUAUGGAAUGGUUAUUGAGUGUUUUUGACUCUGAUGCGCCUGGUGGUGGCGGGAUUGUGCUCUCUUUGCCUCCGAUUGCGAGUAAUGAUCCGAUUUUGGCAUGGGUUUGGUCCUUUAUUGCUUCGAUUUGUAUGGGAGAAUCGUUGGACCGAAUUGAGGCUGCCAAUGAAUUGGCUUCGCUUGCAAAGGAUAAUGACCGUAACAAGAAGAUUAUUGUGACGGAAGGUGGGGUUCCUCCUUUGUUGAAGCUCUUGAAGGAGGCUGCUGCCCCAGAAGCGCAAAUUGCAGCCGCGAUCACACUUUUCAACCUGGCCAAUGAUCAAGAGAGAGUCAGGGUCAUCGUGAGUGAACUUGGCGUUCCUCUCAUUGUGAAGGUCCUCAGGGAUGCGCCUAUGCGGGUGCAGAUACAUGUGGCACGGUUGGUUGCAAGGAUGGCAGAGUUCGACCCCAUCGCUCAGGAUGAUUUUGCAAGGGAGAAUGCUAUUAGCCCUCUGGUAUCGAUGUUGUCAUUCGAGACAUUUAUGGAGGAUGAUAUGAAAGUUCAUUUGGGUAAACAAAGUAUACAUUCGAUCAUUCAAUUGAACAAGGAAAAGGGUAAAUUCGCUUUGGCGAAAUCUAACAGUCAUCUCCCUCAAUCAAGCUCUCAUUCACGCUCAUUAUCUGAUGGGGUUAAUAGAUUGGGGGGUCAGAGGAAGGAAAGAGAGGGUGAGACGCCAGAGAUUAAGCUUAAACUGAAAUGCAGUUGUGCGGAGGCUUUGUGGAUGCUUGCAAAGGGGAAUGUUCUCAAUAGUAGGAGGAUAACUGAGACAAAAGGAUUGCUUUGUUUGGCAAAGUUGGUCGAGAAAGAGCAUGACAUGUUGCGGUACAAUUGUUUGAUGACAUUGGUCGAGAUAACUGCAGCUGCUGAACUGAAUAGUGAUCUUAGGCGUGCGGCUUUUAAGACGAGUUCGCCGGCUGCUAAGGCUGUAGUGGAUCAGCUUUUGAGGAUAGUCAAGGAAAUAGACUGGCCAUCAUUGCAAAUUCUUGCCAUAAGGUCCAUUGGUUCACUGGCCAGGACAUUUCCAGCAAGAGAGACCAGAGUAAUUCAGCCGCUAGUAACCCAACUGAGCCACAGAGAUGAAGAUGUGGCCACUGAAGCUGCCAUUUCUCUGGCGAAGUUUGCUUGUCCUGAUAAUUAUCUCUGCGCAACACAUUCAAAGGCAAUAGUUGAGUUCAAUGGAGUCCCUCCUCUCAUGAGACUUUUGAGGGGCAAUGAACGAGCUCAGUUGAACGCGCUGAUCCUCCUCUGCUACCUCGCUAUACAAGCUGGAGAUAAUGAGGCUCUAGAAAGAGCUAGGGUCUUGACUGCACUUGAGGGAGUAGAUCGUUCCAUAACUGGGCAGAAUCUUGAAUUGAGGGACUUAAUUUCCAAGGCCGUAUACCAACUCAAGAUGUAUCAUGCUGGUGUCCAUUCUCAUCGCAUACAUUCACACUUGCCCUGAACUUCAAGAACUGCAUUUGAUCUUUUUUCAUUCAUUGGUCACCUGGAAAAUAUACUUUUGUUUUAUAAGCACAGACAGGUUAGGGGUCCUAGGUCAAAAUUGUAAAUCAAUCAUCAAAUGCACAUUUGCAGUACAGUGGAUUGAAAUUUGAAAGAGAGUUUUCAUGCCUU